AUGAGUGGAUCCGAUAUUCGCGAUAUAUUACAGAUCGAGAAACCUACAGAACCGGUCGUACGGCGACUUAAACAACCCGUUGAGAAACGGCCUGAGGGUAUUAGUCGAGAACUCUACUCAUUAAUAGGAGGAACACCCUCUGUUGCCUUUGUACAGCCCGCCUUUCGAGGGAAAUUCAACGUCAAAAAGAAAGCAUUGCCCUGGGUACUACAUCCAUUUACAAAUCCUGCGCGAGCAGACGAGCUUACCUUGCACCAUUGGAUCAAAGCGAACGAUACCAAAAAUGACGUAGAUUAUCCCUUUGCCGUAUUGGAUGACGGUACCAAAGAGAUAUCUUAUACCGCUGAAGAAUAUGAUCAAUACCUAAAAGAUCCGGACUGGACCAAAGAGGACACCGAUUACCUCUUUCGUCUGUGUCAACAGUACGAUCUUCGAUUUCCUGUGAUUGAGGAUCGGUACGAGUUUGGGACAAAGAAAAGAACCGUUGAAGACCUGAAAGCUCGAUACUGCAACGUUUAUCGCCAAUUACUCAAAGCACGGUCCACAUCCGACAACUGGCAGUCCUUGGCUCAACAUUACCAAUUCGACAAAGACAAGGAGAUUGAACGAAAGGAAGCCCUGAAUACAUUAUUUAAGCGAACCAAAGUGGAAAUGGAAGAGGAGGAGGCCUUGUUGGUGGAAUCCAAGCGGAUAGAACAGAAUGAAGCACGAUUAAGAAAAGAACGAGAACAUGUUCUCCAGUCACUGCAUCCAACGGUUGCAGCCAGUGGUCAUGUGGGUGUAACAGGCAGCUCACCGGCGGAGACAAAGGUGAGAAAAGAGGUUAUUUACCAAUUCUGUUCGUGUGGACCACGACCCUCGCUGAACCUUCAGGAACAGAAACGAAAAAAAUCCAGUGGCGAUGAUGCCACCAGCCGAAAAAAGCGAAGCGCGUCCACUACCCCUGUCAGUGCAGUAGAAGGUAAGAUGAAUAACAGCUUACCCUUAAAAGGGCUGUGUGAAAAUGACGGUAGAAACGCAGAUUUUCAUUGUACGACAAAAAAAAGUAGAUGCCGUUCCAGACAAAAAGGAGAAAUUGACGCCAGGUGUCUAUUCUCUCAGCCAACGACGGACGGUGAUUAA